CGACCACCUUCACCAGCUCCACCAGCUUCACUGUUACCAUGUCGAAGAAGUUUGGCUUGCCCUUUCCCAAGUUGAAAGACGCCAGUGAUGCCAACGAUGACGAGCAGCCCAGGCCCUGCUAUUUGGAGGCCUACUAUGUGCUAGACGACAACAAGUAUUGGCUCAGAGUGAUUGAAGACAUCAAAAGAGACCAGAAGGACUUGAAAGAAAGACUAAAGGAGAGAAAGGAAAAGGAAAAGGAAAAGGAGAAGGAGAAGAAGAAGGAGGAGAAGGAGAAGGAGAAGGAAAAAAAAACUGAUAAGCCUACUGAUAAGCCUACUGAUGAUCCUCCCGUUGAGACCCCCAAUGAUCCUGAUGAUGUUUUGGCCUACGAUAAGGAAAUAAUAGAGCUUGUGAAGACUUCCACUUCUUCAUUUCCCACUUCAUUUUCUUCCACUUCAUCAAUUGCAAGCAUGAAAAUUGCAAUCAUGAAAUCAUUUUUGCAAAACAAUCCAGUCUCAAAUCAAUUAAUAAUUUUUAGUUUGAUAUCAAAGUUUUCCAAAAAGGAUUUGACAAAAUCCUUUGAGCUAUUACGAUUCAUAAAGCUAUCAAGUGAUGGCUUUUUAAUCUCAAAUUCUUAUAUUUACAAAAAUUAUAUGGGCAACUCCAUUAAUAAAAAAAUAAUACUCAAAGGUGCUGAAAACUGGGGAUAUGUAAUGUGUUAUUUAGAUUCUUUGUUAUUUUCCAUGUUUGCAAGAUUACAGGACUUUGAACCAAUUUUAUUGAUUGAUAACGAAUCACAAUCUACUCCAGAAUCAAAAAAAAGAACAAAACUAAAAUUCCUUUUAAGAUUGUACAUCAAUCUACUAAGAUCUGGAAAUUUGAUAACAAAUGACUUGACAAGAUUAUUAUGCCAGUCUUUGGCUAAAAAUGGCUACACCGAAGCUAUUAGUGGAAGCCAGGAGGAUUCUUCUUCUUUAUUUCAAUUCUUGACUGACUACUUCAACAUGCCUUUAUUGACCUUGAAACUUGAUAUUCAUCAUGGUGGCAAAGCAGUUCAAAAUGAUGACCAUAAGUUUACAAAAGAAAGGGUUUUAUAUGUUUCGGUCCCAGAAGAUGACUAUGAUAAAAGUCACACCAGAAACAAUAAUAUCAAAAAUACUGGUAGCAUUAAUAUCAUUAAUAAAAGCAAUAAUAACUCAAAAAUUAUUGAAGAAGAAGAAUUUUCUACUCAAUCAAAUGAAAACUUAAACAUACUCAAAAAAACCUCUCCCGAUAACCGAAAUCCUAUGAAUGAGUCUUUGAUCAAUUUAUCUCAGUCUCAUCAACCUAAUCCAUCCAAUUCAUCUAAUCAAUCUAACAAGUCUAAUGAAUCUAAUGAAUCUAAUGAAUCUAGUAAAUCUAAAAAAUCAGCUUCUUCAAAUUCACACAUAGACCCUGAACCAAUAUUGUUAGAAGAAUGUUUAGAACAGUUUUUCAAUACCUCAAUUCAAGUUCGCCGUCAACUAGAAAGAAGAAUGACUUUAGAAAAUGCAAGAAAUAAUAAUUGUACUAAAAAUGGUGGAAUUUUUAAUAGCAAUAGCAAUAAUUACAAUAAUUAUUACAAUAAUUAUUCAGAUUCAAAUCGAAAAUUUUAUUCUGAUAAUGUUAAUAUUGAUAAUAAUAUUGAUAAUAUUGAUAUGAGCCAGAAAGGUAUUGUAACAUUUGAAAGUUAUGAUGACCUGGAUGUUGAAUCAAGUCUUAAUGAAUCACAUAAUUCCAAUCGCAAUAUCUUUAAUGAUGAUGCAAAAAGCAUUGUCUCCUCAUUCACUAAUAAUGAUAAAAAAAAUUGCUCUAAAGAAGAUUUAGAUUUUUUAAAAAAGCUGAACAAAAAAUCACCAAUAAAUGAUUCCAACUCACUUUUUUUAUUGAAUACAAAAAUUACCAAUCAAAAAGACUCAUUGUCAAAUGAUCCUGAUCAAACUCUCAACGAUGAUGAAUAUUAUAUGUUUGAUAAAAAUAAUUCAAAUUUAAAGGAUUUUAAGCUUAAUGAUACUAACUGCUGUUCCUCUACUUCUCUUUCUAUAAAUCACAAAACUAAUGAUGAUGAUAAAGAAAAUCAAAUUCCAUUUCCAUCUUUAAAUGAAAUGGAUGAAUCAGUUUCUCCAACAACCAGCAUUCAGCGUUCCCCUGUAACCCCUUUUCAACCUGAAAAUGUUUUAUUAAAAAAUAGAAAAUUGCGCUCAUCUUCUCUAUCUAAAUACCCUGAUGUUAAUAUAACUAUCCGUCCUAGAAAUAGCGUUUCAUCAAGGACAAGGUCUUCAACUUUAUCAAUAUGGUCAAAUAAGACCUCAAAUGAAGUAACUCUACCGGCUUGGAUGUUUUUGCAAUUAUUACCAUUUUAUACAGAUUUAGAUUCAAAUUCAAGUUCUUCAAGAGAAUUUAUGAAUAAACGCCCAAUCUUACCCAUUUGUUUAAAAAGAUAUUACUAUGACAAUGAGAAUGGUAAAAAAAAAGGAGAACAUGGGAGUAAAAGAAAUUUAAGAAGAGUUAUUAUUCCUCCCACAAUUGAUUUACCAAAAUUCAUUGCUGAUGAUAUUGAAGUUGAUGAUAAUAUGAUAAAUUCUAGGUCCAAUGAUAAUAUUAAUAAUAAUAAUUCAACCAAUAAUACUAAAGAGGAAUCUACUGAGAAAACAGAUAAAAGUGAAUUUCCAGAGAAGUUAUAUGGUGAUUUUAAAUUGAUUUUGGAAAGUGCUGUUUGUCAUAGAGGGAAAUCUGUGAAUUCAGGCCAUUAUAUCUCCUUAGUAAGAGAAAAUCCUUCCGAUCCUUAUACUUCUGAAGAAGAAGAACUAAAUUCAAUAUGGUUACUUUUUGAUGAUUUACUUAGAGGAGAAAACAAGGUUAGGAGAAGAGUUUUCAAGGAUGUUUUUGAGAAAGAAUGGCCUUAUAUAUUAUUCUACAGAAUGGUUCCUUUCGAUAAAAAUAAAUCAGAAGAAAUCCAAAAGGAAAAACUAGAAAAACUAGAAAAAGCCAAUAGCACAAUUGUUGCAUCCAGUCUGGUGUCAAAAAUGGAAUCACUAAAAAUCAAAAUUUCUGAUAAUUUUAACGAUAGUUUUUUGAGCACAAACUCCGAAAAUAAAAUUAAAUCAAGUGAUAAUUUGAACUUGAAAAGUGAAGCAACUUCAAUAACCUCUAAUUUAAACUCAAGUCUCAAUAGUGAUAAAUUGCUUUUCAAUUCGCAAAGUAAUUUAUUUAUUGAAGUUGAAAAAUCCAGCAAUACAAAUGAUUCAACUAUUAAUCUAGACAAUUCUGCGCCAACUCAGGUUCAACAGAAGCCAACUCUAUCAGCAUCUCUUUCAAAUACUCAUCUUGGGAGAUCUAAAUCAACUAGAAUUGGUAUUCAUCGUCUUCAUCAUAAUUUCCAUGAUCAAUCGAUGUUUAAGUACUUUAAAGAUUCAACCCAACCUUACCCUAAUGAUCCCGGGUAUAUUGAUAUUUCAAAUAAAUUUUUUUGGUAUGUGAAAGUUCCAGAAGGUAAUUAUAUAAAUGAAAAUUCUGGGCUAUCUGAUGUAUCGCUUUUAGAAAAGUCAUCUAUAAUUAGUAAAGAUGGAGAGAGCUUUGUUAAGAUUCAAAAGUCUGACGCUGCAAGUGAUUCUGAAAUUAAAUCUACAGAGUACAUUUUUGAAGACUCUAAUAGUAACUUAUUAAAGCCCCCUAAUGAAAUUCGAGGAAAAGAGAAAAGGCAAUCAGCAGAUAUAUCUAUUGCUUCAUACCCUUCUCUUGAAAAAGUUCUUAGUGACUCCAAUAACAACGAACCUACACCAAAUUCUCACACCAUCGUUGACCAUAAAGCAAAGACUAUCAAUAUUUUUGGUGACUUGCAUGAUAGAAAAUCGAAAAAACUAUAUAAUCAUAAGAAAAGAUUAAACUACAAAAAAGAGAAAUGCAUAAUAACAUAGGCUAUAUUUUUCAGUUUUUUUAACCAACAUUAACUGUCAACAAAUAAUUUGUUUCAUAUCAUUUUAAUUCAUUUUUUUACUUUUUUUCUUUACUUUCCUUUAUUUUUCAGUUCAUUUUGUAUUUUGUCAUUGCUAUUGUUUAGUCCCCAAGUUAUAUUUUACUUAUAUUUUAGUUUGUAGAUUUAUUUCCGAAAACGGUUUGUUUCAAUCUACGUUUAAUUCUUAAUUUAUACUCACUUCUUUCCAAAAAAUCUUUCAGGAAACUCUCUGAAGAAUACUCAGAAAGUCGUUGUU